AUGGCCGACAUACAAGGAACCAGCCGCCCGACCGUCGACGACCUGACUGGCGACAACCACUAUGCACAGCUGGCCCGCAAGCACUGGCUUAACAAGACCAAGCAGCCAAAGGUCCAGCGCGAUGUGAUUGAGAAAGAGCUGUGGACACAAUUGGAACAAGAAGACUUUGGCUCGCUGCUAUUGCUGGAACAACUGCAGCUGCUGGACCUAUACCUCUGGCCUGGAUACACCGACGAUGCCUCGAAUCACCACGUUCUGCUGCUGGUUAUGCUGGUCAAUGUGAAGCGCCGCGAAGGUCUUGCCGUAUGGGACUGCUUCCAAAUCUACUCGGAGAACUUCUCGUCCUUGUUCCGUCGCGUACUGUCCAUGACCAUCGACACGACCAUCCCAACCACCCUCCGAACACAUCUCCUCACCUUCAUCAUCAUCGCAUACCAAUCUCUCGAUAGUGGUAUUGUCAGGAAGGAGUGCGCCCCGCUGGUCAAUAUCGCCGUUUGGCACAAUCUGCAUAGCGAACAAGCAAGAGAUGCACACUUGGAAAAGGCUGUACAACUACAAAAGGCGUGGAGAGCGGCGAACAAAAGAUAUGAUGCUUCAGAUGCUCCCACUCAAGCUCGCCUACGCUUUGAGAGAUCAUGGCUGUACUCGUUGACCCUCGACUUCUUCGACCGCCUGUACGACACAACCUCCAAAUCUCGUUCAGAUAACAUCCUUUACUGUGAGCGCUUUAUUGAAUUGCUGUCCGAUCUGCAGAGUCAAUUGCCAACCAGACGUUUUGUCAACACUCUGCUACAGGACCUCAAUGCCUUGUCCGUAAUCAAGCUCUCACCCAUGUACGCCGAUGAGGGCAAUGCUCUUUUACGCGAUCUUUACAACCUUCUUCAACAUUACACUACCUUCCCCAUCGAGGACCACAGCGGCCGACAGUACACCCCUCUCGAAUUCAAUCAACAACAUCACGCCGCUUUGACGAAACUGCAGAGAGUCUCGUUCAAGCACUUCCAGAACAAGCUAAAGAUUUUGGUUCUGGCCAACUUUGCCUCGUUAGCUACCAGAGACGAUCUACAGAGCCAUUUGACUUCUUUGUCUGACGACGAGGUCAUUGAGCUAUGCCGUCUGCUCGGCUCCCGGACCGACUACCCUAGCUCAACUCUCGUCACGCGCGACCGUACCUUCUACAUGGAGAUCCUUCUUUCUGCCCAUGAAAGUGUGCCCAUGUAUCAGCAGAUCAUGCAAAACAUGGCUGUCGUUCCUACUGAAAGUACAAUCUACGAUUCCGCCUUUGUUCGCAACGAGAGCUAUAAUGGAACUAGACCGUUGGCUAUUCCAAAGUUGAACCUCCAAUAUCUGACCAUGGGAGACUUCUUGUGGAGAUCGUUUGUCUUGUACAGAGCGGAAGCCUUUUAUCAGAUCCGCAAGGAUAUUGAGGACACUGUCAAGAGGUUACAACCUAGAAAAGCCGGACCAACCACCAAGUUUGACGGCUUCUCCAAGAUGGCUAUCCCCAUCACGAAACCUGCUCUCAUUGAUGUCGCACCUGCCAAAGUUUCGGAACUUCAUCCUUCUAAGGUAGAGGUGGAGGUGACUCUCGAUGUAAGCCGCUUGGGUCCCAACAUUCGUAAGGAGUGGGAGACACUACGGUCAGGCGACGUGGUGUUCUUGGUGUCCGUCCAGGUUGCAGACACAACAUCAGUCUUCAGUAAUGGUGGAUCUGAAUUGGCCGAUGUAGCAGACAGACAUGGUGUCAAGCAUGUACGUUCUGCCGAAGUUAUCAAUGUGCUUGACGAGAACGGUCGCGUGCUGCGCGAACAAUCCCAGGCUCAAACUAACGGCGCGGCUUCGAGAGGCGGACGUCAACGAAGACUUCUGCUCAAACUCGAUCCUGUCGCGUAUCAGCAAGACAAAGAACGCACAGACAAGGGCAAGCCGGAUGUUCUCGAGACUAUCAACCUUCUUGUGCGACGCCAAGGUCGCGAGAAUAACUUCAAGUCUAUUUUGGACUCCAUCAAGCAUUUGGCUUUGUCUGAUGUACCCGCUCCUCAAUGGUUGCAGGAAGUGUUCCUUGGUUACAGUGAUCCGGCUGCUGCAACUUACCAGCGCUUGCCAAACAGACUGAGCUCUAUCGACUAUCGGGAUACGUUCCUGGAUUGGCAGCACUUGGUUGAGUCAUUGCCUGGCAAGACUGUCGAGCCGGAUGCAAAGCUGAACUCGAGCUUUCCUCCGCCAUAUGUGCUCGAGACCACAGUAGUACCACCUGCAGAGGCUAGACCCAGUAAAAGGCGCAAGCGUGAACAAGUCGAAGCCACGCCAGCUCCUGCCGUGGAAGCUGUCAAGGUCGGAACUUACAAGCCUGCAAACCCUGGUCCAUACCCUGUUGAUGCACCUAAGUUAAACAGUGUACGCUUCACACCUACACAGAUCGAGGCAAUCACAUCAGGAACUCAACCGGGUCUGACUGUCAUUGUCGGUCCUCCUGGAACCGGCAAGACUGAUGUCGCAACACAAAUCAUCAACAACAUCUACCACAACUUCCCUGAACAACGCACAUUGCUUGUUGCACAUAGUAAUCAAGCGCUCAAUCAGCUUUUCCAGAAGAUAACAGCUCUAGAUAUCGAUGAGCGUCAUCUUCUCAGACUCGGACACGGCGAGGAAGAACUCAAGACCGAGGCAAGCUACAGUAAGCAUGGCCGUGUUGAGUCUUUCAUGGAGAACGCCGGUGUGCAUUUGUACGAAGUCAGUCGACUGGCUGCUAGCAUCGGCGCCCCCGGUGCUCACGGCAGCAGCUGCGAGACUGCCGACUACUUCAACCAAGUCUACGUCAAGCCCGCCUGGACAAAAUACUGGGACGCCGUGAACGCAGGAGCAGAACCGCAACAGAUUAUCGAUACCUUCCCUUUCCACGCAUACUUUGCCAACGCCCCUCAACCACUUUUCCCAGCCACUGCCUCUCGCGAAGAACUGGUCGAUGUAGCCUCAGGCUGCAACAACCAUCUCGACCACAUCUUUGCCUCUCUCGCCGACACCCGCCCCUUUGAGAUCCUGCGCACCGCCCGCGACAAGGCAAACUACCUCCUCAUCAAAGAAGCCCGCAUCAUCGCCAUGACAUCUACUCACGCCGCCAUGCGCCGCCAAGAAAUCUCAGACCUGGGAUUCCGCUACGACAACAUCAUCAUGGAAGAAGCAGCCCAAGUCACCGAGAUUGAGAAUUUCAUCCCGCUCGCACUCCAAAAACCUCGCGAUGGAGAGAUGAAGUUGCAACGUGUAGUGCUUGUGGGAGAUCACCUGCAAAACUCUCCUGUAGUGCAGAAUCUGGCGUUCCGACAGUAUGCGAAUUUGGAGCAGAGUUUGUUUUUGAGGCUGGUGAGGUUGGGUGUGCCGACCAUAACUCUCGAUCAGCAGGGUCGUGCGAGACCUUCGCUUGCUGAGUUGUAUAAAUGGCGAUACCCAAGCUUAGGCAACCUGCCUCUGGUAACCUCCUCACCGCAAUUUUUGCAAGCGAAUGCUGGGUUUGCGUUUGAUUAUCAAUUCAUCGAUGUUCCUGAUUACAAAGGCAAAGGUGAAACUGAACCUUCUCCUCACUUCAUUCAGAAUCUGGGAGAGGCAGAGUAUGCGGUUGCUAUUUACAUGUACAUGAGGUUGUUGGGUUAUCCAGCGGAGAAGAUUUCGAUACUGACGACUUAUGCGGGUCAACGCGCGUUGGUCAGGGAUGUGCUUAAGCAUCGCUGUCAGAGUAAUCGUAUGUUUGGGUUGCCGGGCAAGGUUAGCACGGUGGACAAGUAUCAGGGCGAGCAGAAUGAUUAUAUCAUUCUCUCACUCACACGCACCACGCAACCUGGCUACCUCCGCGACAUCCGCCGCUUGACCGUCGCACUCUCCCGCGCACGUUUAGGUCUCUACAUCCUGGGUCGCCGCAGCGUGUUUACCUCUGUACCUUCCCUCUCCACAGCCUUUGCUUCUCUGCUUUCCCGCCCUGCUGCCCUCACUCUGUCUACGGGAGAAAUGUUCCCUACUCAACGAGCUGUGGAGCAACAAGGAAAUAUCGCGGAAAUGGAGGGAGUGGAGCAUUUGGGGCAGUAUGUGUUUGAGAUGACGAAAGCAAAGGUUGAAGCUAUCAAGAGGGGCGAAGGACAAUUGCCGCCGGUUAGUGAGAAUAGGGAUCAGGAGAUGGAGGAUGAAGAUGAGGAAGUUUAUGCUGAGGAUGAGGGGAUGGCUGAUGAGGAGGAGGAUGUGGAGAUGUUGUAG